AUGGAGCUUGAAUGGUUGCUGACCAUCUCAUUGAGCAUUUGCCUGGUCUUCAUCUCUGCAUGGACAUGGAGGCACAAGAAGGGGAGAUUUCCACCUGGGCCAAUGCCCCUGCCCUUCUUUGGCAACCUGCUGCAACUGAACCUCAAGGAUAUUCCCAAGUCUUUCCUGGCGCUGAGUCACAAAUAUGGGCCAGUAUUCACAUUGUACCUGGGCCCCCGAAGGGUUGUGGUUCUUUGUGGACUUGAGGCAUUGAAGGAAGCUCUGGUGGACCAUGGUGAACAGUUCUGUGGGAGGGGAAAGGUAGCUUCUGUUGAACGGACCUUCAAAGGUUUUGGAAUUGCUUUGGCCAAUGGGGAACGCUGGAAGAAGCUCCGUCACUUCUCUCUCGUCACAUUGAAGAAUUUUGGGAUGGGGAAAUGCUCCAUUGAAGAGCGGAUCCAAGAAGAAGCGCAGUACUUGCUGGAAAAAUUCAGAAAAUAUGAAGGUCUGCCCUUUGAUCCCACCUUCCUUCUGUGCUGCACAACUUCCAACAUUAUUUGCUCCAUUGUCUUUGGUAAACGUUUUGAGUAUGAAGACAAGACCUUUAUCUCCAUGUUAAAUCUGACAAACAAAAUAUUUCUUGAGUUAAGCAGCCCUUGGGCAAAGCUGUAUGAUAUGUAUUCUGGCAUCAUGCAGUACUUUCCUGGGGGACACAACCGUCUCUACAACCUCCUGGAUGAACUGAAAGCCUUCAUUGCUGAGAGAAUCAAAAUUAAUCAAGAGACCUUAGAUCCCAAGAACCCAAGAGACUUUAUUGAUUGCUUCCUCAUUGAGAUGGAGAAGGAAAAGGGAAACCCUUCCACUGAAUUCACAAUGAACAACUUGGUCUUCACAGCUCUCAACUUGUUCACAGCUGGAACAGACACUAUUAGCUCCACCCUAAAAUAUGCACUCCUCUUGCUGAUGAAAUACCCAGAAGUGGAAGAGAAAGUCCACCAAGAAAUUGACAGUGUUGUUGGUUGCAAUCGUGUCCCUGCUGUCAAGGACAGGAUGAACAUGCCCUACACCAAUGCUGUCAUCCAUGAGACACAAAGGCUGAUAGACAUCUUUCCUGCAGGAGUGCCACACAAGGUUACUGCAGACACAGAGUUCCGGGGUUUCCUUCUGCCCAAGGACACUAAUAUCAUUACCUUAUUAGGUUCAGCUUUGCAUGACCCUAAAUAUUUCAGUAACCCUGAGAUAUUCAACCCAGCACACUUCCUAGAUGAAGAAGGACACUUCAAGAAGAAUGAUGCUUUUAUGCCAUUCUCUUCAGGAAAACGUGCCUGUGUAGGAGAAUCUAUAGCCCGCAUGGAGCUCUUCUUGUAUUUCACCACCAUCCUGCAAAGCUUCUCAUUGAAAUCCUCUCUGGCCCCAAAGGACAUUGACGUCUCUCCCCAACUAAAUGGCUUUUUAAACAUUCCUCCAAUCUUUCAGCUGUGUUUGAUGCCACGCUAA